GACUUUUUUUUCUCGGUUUGGUAGAUUCGAGUUUUGAGCAGGCAAAACUAGCAACUAGUUAUUGUUGCUGCUGCACUAUUCCGUCUGUCUGGAGAUAGUAGGAAGCAGAACGAGAUAAGACUUAAAGAAAGGGAAAUGACAGAAUCACAGUCAUUCGAGUUGCAGAACCAGGCGAUCCUCACCGCCGUCCUGAAAACCACGCAGGCGGCAUCGAAGCUUGCCGCGCAGGAUCUGGGAUACUACAAAACGCUGGGAUCAGAUGGACAGCCGGAGUUGAACAAGAAGCUGGAUGGUUGCUCGAAAAGACUUGUGGGGAUCGCGAACGCGUUGCUGGAAGCUUCUGGGGUGGGUGGGGUGAAGGUUGAGGGGGUUAAGGAGUUGACGACGCGGUGGAAGGAGAUUGGGGAUGUAAAUGAUACAUUGUUUGAGAAGACGGACACAUAUCUGGAUUCGCUCACAAACGACCGAAGAAAACCUCUUCCGAUCCCAGCAACUCAGCACCAACAACCACUGACAAACAAGCGGAAGCGUGGAAUGCUCGACCCGUCAGUUCUGAACGCCGACAUUGAAAAACCACAAUUGAAGUUCAAAAACAUUCCCGACAACUUCUCGACCGCGCCGUUCAAACCCCUGCUGACGUCGAAACCCAACGCGAAGGUCUCGCUCGAGGAGUCGCUGCAGCUUACGUAUCCCAGCGAUGGCGCGAUGCCGGAGUACAAGAACCCGUACUUGCCUGAGAUUACGAGCGCAAAAUUCCCGAAGCGGCUGCUGAAGAUCACAAAGGCGAUCGAGCCGAUGCCGCUUGAGACUACAGAACCGAUCUGGGUGGAUGACAUGAAGGGCUUGAAGGAGAUGUUGAGGGAGCUCCAGCACGAAGACGCGAUCGCGGUAGAUCUUGAGCAUCACGACGCGCGAUCAUAUAUCGGAAUCGUCUGUCUUAUGCAGAUCAGCACGCGGUCAAACGAUUUCCUGAUCGAUACCCUGAAGCUUCGAUCUGAGUUGCAGAUCCUGAACAAGGUGUUUACAGAUCCCAAGAUCGUCAAGGUCUUCCACGGCUCGUCGAUGGAUGUGAUCUGGCUGCAACGUGACCUGGGACUCUACCUAGUCUGCCUGUUCGACACAUACUACGCCGCCCGCGCUCUGCAACUCCAGGGCAAAUCGCUGGCGUUCCUGCUGGACAUGUUUUGCGGGUUCACCGCCUCGAAGGAGUACCAGCUCGCCGACUGGCGCAUCCGUCCGCUGACGAAGGAGAUGGCCGCGUACGCGCGCUGCGACACGCAUUUCCUGCUAAACAUAUUCGACAAGCUGCGCAACAAGCUCGUGGCCGAAAACAAGCUCGAGGUUGUGCUGGCGAACUCGCGCGAGGAAUGCACGCGCACGUACAAGACGCGCGUGUACGACGACGAGAACGGGACCGGCAUGGGCGGAUGGCUUGCGCUGCGGGAGAAGUUCAAUAUUCUUAGACCGGAGGAUCAGCCGCUGCUGCGGGCACUUACGAAGUGGCGCGAUACGGUGGCGCGCGAGCAGGAUGAUGGGGUUAAUUAUGUGUUGUCGAAUCGGUCGAUUUUCAAUAUUAUCCGAUCGAGACCUGUUGAUCCGGCGGGGGUGUAUCGCGCGGUGGGCAAGAGCGUGAAUGAGACUAUUCAGAGACGGGUGGAUGAAAUCAUUCAGAUUGUGAAGGAUACCGAUCCUGCGAAUGAGAAGAACCAGACUGAAGCAGCAGCAGAAGCAGCGCAGACAAAAGAAAAGGAAACAGAGAAAGAGGAGAAGAAGGAAGUUGGAAAGUCUGGCGCGAGUGAGAUUCAGGCGGAAGACGAGACCGAGCACGCAGAGUAUGAGGCGCGGAGGCUUGCGCUUGCAAAGCAGUUGUUUGAGAACAGGGAUCUGGGGACUCACGUUAAGCAGAGCCAGAGUUCGCAGUUGUGGGGAAGCGUGUUUUAGAGGAGAUG